GUCUCCCACUUCAUAAAACAAGCACCACAAACACAUAAUCAAAGUUUUAUCAUUUAUUCAUUUCAUUCUCCUAUGGAUCCACGAUUGUCCAUGGCUGCUCAACUUGGAGAUGUCAUCACCCUCAAAGCAUUACUAGAAGAAGAUCCACUAAUCCUUGAAAAAGUUUCUCUAGCACCCUUUGCAGAGACUCCUUUGCAUAUUGCCACACUAGCCAGAAAAACCGAGUUUGUAAAAGAAAUUUUAAGUCAAAAGCCUUCAUUUGCUAGUGAGCUGAACCAAGAUGGUUUUAGCCCCUUGCACAUAGCUGCAGCCUCUGGUCAAGUUGAGAUAGUGAGAGAAUUGUUGAAACUCAGCCCUGAUCUUAGCCUUGUCAAGGACAAAGGUGGUCGAACUCCUCUCCAUUUUGCAGCCAUUAGAGGAAGAGUUUUUGUCAUUGACAAGUUGCUGUCUCACUGUCCACAUGCUAUUAGGUGUGUCACCUCUCGAGGCGAGACAGCUCUUCACCUGGCUGUGAAGAACAACCAAUUUGAGGCGCUUAAGGCUUUGGUUGAAAAGCUUGACAAUGAUGAUGAUGAGAUUUUAAACGCCAAUGACAAAGAAGGCAACACAAUCUUGCAGCUGGCUGUGACUAACAACCAACUCCAAGUAUUAGACUUACUAAGAACUCAAAGCAAGCUAGACAAGAAAUUCAUAGAGAUUCUACCAGGGGAGCAAUCUACAGUUGAGACUGAUAUCUUGCCUCAAGCUACUACUCAAGCUGGUAAAUUUGACUUGACACAACCGCAACAGUCAGAUCAAUCUGCAGAAGAUAGUUCCAAUACCAUUUGGGAGAGUGUACAGGAAAUGGUACUAGUUGUGGCCAGUUUGAUUGCAACAGUGACUUAUGAAGCAGGACUGUCCCCUCCUCAAACUAUUUGGAGGGAUGACAAAAAACUAGACCCCAAAUGCAUCUUCCAUCAUUCAAAUAGCGCAACAAAUACAUGUCCAUCUGCAACAUAUUACCUAUUCAUGUCUUUCAACACUGCUGGGUUCUUUUCCUCUGUCUUCCUCAUAUUCUUUUAUGGAAACAAAACUUAUGUGAAAGUCUUACUACCAAUUGCCCUAAUCUCCAUGAUGAUAACUUAUAUAACACUAUCAGUCACCAUGUUGCAAAAUGGUCUCUCCUUGCUUAUUGUAUACUUGAUAACUGUGGGCAUUUUCGCUUAUUGUGUCUUGGCAAUUGAAGUAGUCAAAAAAAUUGUUCAAAGUAUCUAUGGUUUUGCAGCAGAAAGAGUUGGUCAUAUAUCGACAUUAGCUCGAAGAAAGUGGAAGCCAUCUUCUGCAGAUGUCUCCAAAGAAGAAGCUUGACCAGCUAGGUCCCAUGAUCAUCUUGUGAAUUUUAAGUCUCCUAAGGACCCUAAUGUACUCCACCUUGUUUAUUUGAUUUUUUUUUUUUUUUUUGGGUUAAAUAUUUGUAAACAUUUCAGGAAAGCCUACUUUAA